GGAUGACCACGUGACCCCCGCCGCCAUCUUUCUUCCUGGCGCUCACUCCGGGCGGCGGAGUCCGCGCCCCAUUGCGCAGGCGCUUGCGAGGCGCGCGGCCAGUCGUCGCGGUCUCGUGUUCUCAGGUCCGGCCGCACCAUGGCGUCCGCGCUGGCGGCGAAGAUGCUGGCGUCCGCCCUGGGCCCCCUGCUCCGGCCGCGGCCUCCCCCUGCCGUGCCCCGCGCGCUCUCCACGCUCCUGCCCGGACGCCCUGGCGCUGCAGGGCCCGCGGGGCUGCCGGGCCGCCUGCUGCCCGGCCUGCAGCCCGCCCUGGGGUUCAAGACCAAGGGCGUCAUCAAGGAGCGGUGCCGGGACUGCUACCGGGUGAAGAGGCGCGGCCGCUGGUUCAUCUACUGCCGAGCGAACCCGAAGCACAAGCAGAGGCAGAUGUAGCCGCGGCGUCGCAAGCACCGCCGCGUCCCCUCCCGAGCAGGGGGGCACCACCUGGGGACCGACAAUAAAACGUAAACUCGUGUGGUCUGUGUCC